GAAUUCAUUGAUUGGUUGAAGAAUAAAACAUUUGAUUGGUUAAAAAACAAUCAUCCAAAAGAUUGGCAAUUAGAUGUCGCAACAAAUAAAACGGAUCUAUAUCUAUAUUCCUCAUUUUCACUUGCUUUACAAGCAUAUAUUUGUAAUCUAGUCCGAAAACCUGUGGCACAAUUCCUAUUUGCUACAGAAAAAGUAUCUGGGCUUUUAAUGUUUGGUAAUAAUCAUGCAACAUUUGGUACUUUUUCCUUUUGGAAAUCAGCAUUUAUGGAUACAAAGAUAUUAAAUAUUGAUAAGCUUAUCGAACCACGGCCAGAUGUUUAUUAUGUUCCAAAGAAAAUUGAUGGUUUGAGACUUCCAUUUUCAAUGUGUUUUAUAGAAUGGAUUAAUAAAUUUAAAAAUUUAUAUCAAGAUAACAUAAUCGCAUUGGAAGAAAAUAUUGAUGAUGAAGCUGAUGAACUCCAAUCAGAUAUUGUUAAUGAAUGCAUUGAAAGGUUUUCUACGAGUUUAAUAUCAGCUACUCCAGCAUUAGAAUUACUACAAAACGACUUAGCUGAUUUAUAUUUUAAAGAUUUUGUAACCUUUAUUUUGCAUGGCGAUAAUAAUAAUAAUCAAUUAUUAUGUUGGAUUAUAUCUCAUAAUAUGAAACAAGAAAUACCAGAUCCAAUAGAACUUCACGUAUUUUGGUGGGACAAUGCUGAUUUAGUCUUGGCCGAGUUUCAAUUGGUUUUACUAUAUCCAAGUAUAAAGAAUAAAAUUCUUGAUAUGAAAUUUGAUGAAAGUAAAGAAUUAGAUUUUGAGGAGUAUUUAUUGAAACAAGUUUCAGAUAUUAUGAUUAAUAAACUUUUUAACGUCAUUAAUGAUGAUUCAAAGAAUCAGAGAAAUGGAGAUGAAAGCAUUGAAAUCGAAGAAGAUAACAAUGGAGAUGAUGAGGGCAUUGAAAUCGAAGAGGAUGACAAUGGAGAUGAUGAGAGCAUCGAAAAUGAAGAAGACAUCAAUGGGAAUGAUAACGAAAAUACCAAAGAAUAUAAUGAAAUCGUUGAGAUUAAAGAUAUCAAUAUAAAUGAGAAUGAAAUACUUCAGCUUUGGCAGUGUGAAGUUGCAAGGAUAUUAUCCCUAACUUGCAAAUUAGAAACAUCAUUUGAAAAUUCAUCAUUACAAACACUUCGAGUGUAUAAUGACCUAUCUAAAUCAUUUUCUUUGACACAACUGCUUGAAAUUAGGCUGAACACUGAAGAAAAAGAUAUGUUUUCUGAGCAAUUUAUAAACCUAGUUUUUGACAAGUUUGAUAAAAUAGAGAAAACAGAAAUUUCUUUGUUGUCAAGACAUUCUUUUAUUUAUAGAUGUUUAGAUAUAAUUCCAUUUGAAUCAUCUAUUAGAUCACACUUUUACAAAAAAAUAUUUUCUCAAGAACCUUUACCAUUAACCUUCUAUACUAUAUAUUUAAUUUUUGAAGCCGAAAAUAGAGAGCAAGAAGAAUUACUAUUCUUUAAACUUAUUGACAAUUUCGAUGCUCUUAAUAACACAAAACAAUUACAAGAUAUUGAGAAUACAUUAUUUGAGCGAAAGAAUUCAGCAAUGGCGGCAUUAUGUUGUGAUGUUAUUCAAACACAGUUCUUUAUGAAACAUAAAUUUGAAGAAUUAUUUAAGUAUUUUCUAAAAGCAAUAAAUAUUUUAAUUGCUAGUAACGCCAAGGUAUUACAAUUAGUUACUGCAAUUGCACUUUUAAAAACAAUUACAAAUGAACUUUGGAAUCAUACAAAAUCAAUUAAACCGAUUUUAGAAUUUACUUUUGAGGAUGAUGAUUAUGAGAGUGACAUUAUUGAGACUUUAAAUCAACGUUUAAGAAUGGAUCACAACUUGAUUUAUUCAUUUAAAAUAUAUUUGCUCAAAGCUUUACGGUUGAAAGGUUUAUUAACUGAUGAGAUUAAACAGUUCUGUAAUAUGCAUCAACAACUUUUACCAUGGGUUAGGAAUUUGGAAUGGAAUGAUUAUAAUCGACUUGGUUUUAAUCCUUAUUGGUAUCUUGAACAGUUUAAACUUAUUAAUAUAUCAUUUAGAAAAAUGUUGCAAAGUGAUGAAACAUAUUCAGAAAGCAUAUUCAAUUCGUUCAUUGAAAAUGAUGAUACUGCGCAAAAAAUAUCAUUUGCAGGGAUGGUGAUUUCAAAUUUUUAUAUUGUAAGAGCAUCACGGAAUCUUAAUCAGGCUGAAAACAUCUUAAAACAAAAGAUUUAUAGUUGUUUGGAAUCUUCACAACUUCAACUUCAACAGAAUUAUAAAACAUAUCUUAUCAACUUUAUGUCAAAUAGCGACCAAUUAUACAAACUUAAUCCAAAUGUUGAUAAUACUGAUAUGUUUAUAUCAUCAGUUAUUGCACAUAGCGUAGCAUUACAUAUUUCAAUUCCAGUGAAUGCAUCUCCUUUGGCUGCAUAUAUGCAAGAAUUGCAUGAUUAUAUUGAUACUUAUAUAUUGACCUGUCCAUCGGAUGAAUUAUCUAUAAUAACAAAUACAAUAAUAUCAACGGAUAAUGGAACAAGAAGAUAUCAAUGCAAAUGUGGAUAUAUUUACUUUAUUGGCGACUGCGGAAUGCCAAAUCAAAAUGGUAAAUGCCCUCAAUGUGAGAACAAAGUUGGUGCAAAAGCAUAUUGUAAACUUGCUGAUGAGAAUAUUUACAUAGACAGUGAUAAGAUAAAACAAAAAAUUGUUGUAAAUGAUAAAAAGGGUUAUAUAACUGAAGAAAAAUGUAUUGAUGACAAUUAUUAUAGCGUUAGAACAAUGCAUCCGGCAACUUAUAGGAUUCUUCAUCUAUUUUUACAUUCAAUUAUUGGUAUUCAAGCAAAUUCACCAGCUGCCAUCACCUUUAUAGGUAGUCAAGCUAAUGAUAUUAUUUUAUACUGUAAAAGACAUAUUAAAAAUGACUGGAAGGUAUUAAAAAAUAUUUUUGCAUGUGAUGAUGAAACUUUGGCGUUAGCUAUUCAUGCAAUUCUUUCGGAGAU